CCCCUCCAUGCGCGCCGGCCUCCCCGCGCCCCUCCGCGGGCUGCGUGCGCACGCGCGCCCACGGGCGGGAACCGGCCUCCAGCUCCCCUCUCUCCUCCUCCUUCUUCUCCUCCUCCUCCUGGUCCUCGGCCCGGCCCGGCAGGGGGCGGGGGGCCGUGCGCCUGCGCAGAGCCGGCAGUCCGGCAGGGCAGCAGCCGCGGGGUGGCCGGCGGCUGCCGUGGGGACCGCGGCCCCUCCCUCCUCAGGUCCCCCGCCCCACGCCGUGCCCCACCGAGACGCGGCAGACGACCCCGGCCCUGCCCUCCUGCUGGCCUGGCCAGAGCUGCAGCGGUGACCUGGCAAGAGGCGGUGCCGCUCCCAAGAUGUCGCAGACGGCCAUGUCCGAGACCUACGAUUUUUUGUUUAAGUUCUUGGUCAUUGGAAAUGCAGGAACUGGCAAGUCUUGCUUACUUCAUCAGUUUAUUGAAAAGAAAUUCAAAGACGACUCAAAUCAUACAAUAGGAGUGGAAUUUGGUUCAAAGAUAAUAAAUGUUGGUGGUAAAUAUGUAAAGUUACAGAUAUGGGAUACAGCAGGCCAAGAACGAUUCAGGUCUGUGACGAGAAGCUACUACAGAGGUGCCGCUGGGGCUCUCCUCGUCUAUGACAUCACCAGCCGAGAAACCUACAAUGCGCUUACUAAUUGGUUAACAGAUGCCAGAAUGCUAGCAAGUCAGAACAUCGUGAUCAUCCUUUGUGGGAACAAGAAGGACCUGGAUGCAGAUCGUGAAGUUACUUUCUUAGAAGCCUCCAGAUUUGCUCAAGAAAAUGAGCUGAUGUUUUUGGAAACAAGUGCACUAACAGGGGAGAAUGUAGAAGAGGCCUUUGUACAGUGUGCAAGAAAAAUACUUAACAAAAUUGAAUCAGGUGAGCUGGACCCAGAAAGAAUGGGCUCAGGUAUUCAGUAUGGAGAUGCUGCCUUGAGACAGCUGCGGUCACCACGUCGCGCACAGGCCCCGAGUGCUCAGGAGUGUGGUUGUUAGAAGCAGCACGGGAGUACACAGGUGUUCAUACAGUGGUAUUUGGGACACAAUUGUCGGAGCUUGAAGAAGUUUUUUACCACCAUCUUUUUCUACUUUACACAGAAGUAGAUCUUUGUGCGAAAAAAACUUGGGGUGUUAUGCAAGCUAGUAGAUGUGGCACAGCAAACCGUAUAAUAAAUCUAAUUCAGUGGACACCACCGUUAGAUGUAUACAUGUAUGUGAAAGUUUUCUCCCCCUAUCUCCCCUUUCAUCUUUGGUUAAAUCCUGACUAUGUACCGUACGUGCUCCAGCCCAGUACGUCUCCACAGCAUGGUAUCUGAUGUAUGAUAUGAUAGAAUGUUGCACUAAAUGCAGUCUAAUAUUUUAUUUUUUUUAAUCGUAUGAACUAAAAUCUGUUAAUUGUGAGAUGUGCUUUGAUCAUCGUGUCGGUUAUAUUGCACAGUUGGUUAUAUGUAUGACCUGACAUUCAAAGGCUCUGGCAUUGAUGGCCAGUGCAGUGCUUAUUUAAUUCCCUUUACCACAGUCCACAAGGUGUUUCCUUGAUCCACACUUGAAAUACUAGAUCAGUAGUUACUCACAUACCAAAAUAAAAUGAAAAGUGGAGGUUUUCUAUGAACUUUACACUGUCCACCUCUCUGUUGAUUCUAAAGCAUCUUCAUCCAGAUCAAUUGCAGAAGUGUAGCCUGAGUACCUGCUCUGUUUUAGGCACCAUGAUCAGCACUAUGGAUUCCAGUACCUUUAACCGAACUUACUAGGCAACUGAUUCUACUCUCAGCUGUUGGUAAAUGCGAUGGACUGUGUAACGUGGGGCUGCUCAUCAGUUCCCAAUUUGCUGAUCUAUGUGGUCUCCCUGCUAGAAAACACAUUGUUUGCCACUGUGCUUUUUCUGGGAUUCAGUAUUAUAGCAUCACUGCCUCUUUUUUAAUUCUUUUAUUGUUUUGUGUUCAUUUUAAGGAAACCCACUAAAUCAAGUUACUAUUAAAGGGAUACCACUCAUUAAGAAAUUUCUGUAUAGCUUUUGCUGAAUACUUAAAUGCCUUACUACAGUUAUCAAGUUGACAUGUUUUUAAUUCACAUAAGGUAUAUUGAAGUAUAAUAUAUAUUGUA